CUAUGGACUGAAAUUGAAAUCACUUACACGCUAAAGCUUGAUUUCUCAUUUUUAGCCAAUGAUUCGUGGCGCCUCUAAGCGGGAAUGCCGGAAAUGAUAUUCAAAUAUUGUUUUCUCCCGGCAGAUUUAGAAUUUGACAAUUAAUAACCAUGAGAUAUUGAUACACGAAUAGUGAAUACAACUGUUUCUGAUCAGUUUGAGCGUGGUUGAACUUUCAGAAGAAGAAUUUUAAUGGGUCGUACAACGGGCAACAGUUACUGGUAACACAGGGCUUCAGGAUGGGUUUGGUGUAUGCAACAGCGAAUAAACCCAGGGAAACAACCGUUCUUGAACCAGACGAAUCUCCGAGUCCAUGUGUACCUUGUUCGAGACAUCACGAGCCAGAAGUGCCAUGCAUCCCCUGCAUAUCCGACCCGCGUCCAGGGAAUCCGGGGACCCUGCAAGAGAUACACAAAAAGGUGAAGGACCUGUAUCCCCGGAAUUUUGAGGGAGCUAAAUUGUUGGUAAAGAAAACACUGAGCAGCCACUUUGAUGUAGCACACACAAUUACCCUGAGCUCGGUAACACCAUCGGGUUACAAAUUCGGGGCCUCUUACAUAGGCACAAAAAGAAUUGGGGAAACAGAAAAAUAUCCUGUCGCCAUCGGAGAUAUAAUGCCCAAUGGGAACAUGACCGCUGACUUUGUUCACACGAUUGGCUGUAGAGUUAGAGCAAAGAUCGCUGCCCAAAUAGCUGACAACAAAUACAGAGCCUGCAGCUCGACCUUGGAAUACAGGUCCGAUGAUUUUACGGUCUCGCUCACCUUGGCUAAUCCACAUUUUGCCAAGCAGCACGGAACGCUAGUGUUGCACUACCUGCAGUCCAUAACAUCCAGGAUCGCAUUAGGUGCAGAAGUCGCUUGUCACAGGGGAUUGGGAAUCCCUGGUGGUCAGCAGACCAUUAUGUCUGCAGCAUUCAGAUACAGUACUGGGUAUACCACUCUGUCGGCUACUUUGGGAGAAGCAGGUCUCCACGUAUGUUACCAUCGAAAGAAUAGCCAGCAACUACAGAUGGGUGUUGAAAUGGAGCUGAAUAUGAGAACCCACGAGUCUAUAGCCACUGUACUUUAUCAAUUUGAUCUCCCUCAAGCCGAUCUAAUUUUUAGAGCAAGCGUUAACAGUGAGACUACGGUGGCGGCAGUAUUGGAAAAGAAACUGUUUCCUAUCCCAGCCUCGCUGGUUAUGAGCGGCAUGUUAAACCACACCAAGCAACAAUUCAGAGUAGGUCUGGGACUUAAUAUCGGGUAGAAAAUCAGAAUUCAACACUGUAAUGUUGUGCAAUUCUUUGUACUAAAUUAUUGUAAAUAUUAAAUAUAAAAAUAUUCCAUACUUGAAAAACUGUUCUUCUGGUUGAAAGAAAUUACAUUAUCUAAACAUCAAUCAAUUCUUAAUAAAUUAAACCUACUUAGCGAUGGAAAGACCAUGUGCAAAGAGUGAAAAGCGUCAGGCACAUAUUCUAUUUAAUUAUUUUAUUACCUAUACCCCAUCAACAGUUUAGAAACACUCUUUUUACACAGCAUCGUUUAGCAUACAUACACUAAGUAUUUAAAUUAGAAGAUAAUUCAAUUCCAAAACAUCCAUGGCACUUGUUACAUCCCAUAGUUCUCUUUCGUAAAUUUUAACAAAUCCCAUCGUUUGCGAAUCACGAAGGAAUACCAUACGAAUAAUGUCGAAAAUUUGUCCUAAUGA